CGGGGAGAAAAAACAAUAUGUACUGCAAGGUCCGAAGAAUACGAAAACGCGUAGACGCGUAAACUAGUUUACAGUAGCAGCUUUUGAAUGAGAUCAGCACCUUUAUCCAGUACAGAAUCUUCCUGGAGAGCUGAGGCGAUGGACUUGCAUAUAUUAGAUCACAGAUUGAGGGUGACAAGUAUUAGCAAAACAGGUUUGGAGAACUAUACACACCCGCUAAUAAAGCUAAUAUUUCUCAGGAACAGAACGAGAUGUAAAUUCUUCAGCCUGACUGAAACUCCUGAGAACUACACCGUUGUUCUUGAUGAAGAGGGUUUCAAAGAGCUCCAGCCCUCAGAACACCUCCAGGUGGAAGGUUCCACUUGGCUACCCCUCAACGUGAUAUCCAAUGGGAACGCUUCAAGCAGCUCACAGGCGGUGGGCGUCACCAAGAUUGCCAAGUCAGUUAUCGCCCCAUUGGCUGAGCAGCAUGUGUCUGUCUUCAUGCUCUCCACCUAUCAGACGGAUUUUAUCCUAGUCAGAGAGACAGAUUUGUCAGUGGUCAUUCACACCCUGCAAGAGGAAUUUAACAUCUACAGAGAGGUGAAGGGGGAGUCUGUCCCUGUGCAGGGUCAAAACGCACAGAACGGACUGAGGAAAAACGGAAGAGAGGCCUCUCACGCCACAGUGCACCCAGUCCUGAUCCCAGAGAACCAGUUCUGCGUCAUGAGUUUGGACCCGGAUACCCUUCCCGCCAUAGCAACCACACUCAUAGAUGUUCUCUUCUACUCGAACAACACUCCAAAAGAGGACACCAGCCAAGCCCAAGACCUUGAAUGCAUCAAGUUCUUCUCCUUCUCCUUGAUUGACGGCUACAUCUCCUUGGUGAUGGACACAGAGGCGCAAAGACAGUUCCCGGCUGAUCUUCUCUUCACCAGUUCCUCGGGGGAACUGUGGAGAAUGGUGAGAAUUGGAGGCCAGCCACUGGGUUUUGAUGAAUGUGGUAUCGUGGCUCAGAUCUCCCAGCCACUGGCAGACAGUGACAUUUCUGCAUAUUACAUCAGCACUUUCAGCUUUGACCAUGCUCUGGUGCCAGAGGAAGACAUUGUGAGUGUGACAGAGAUGCUGAAGGAUCAGAGGAAAGAAGCAGCACGUUGAGCUCUCUUUCUGUCUGGAGGAUAAAGGAAGCAUUUAAAAAAGGGGUGAACUGUUCUGGGAUGAUAACGCUCCAGUACUAAGCGUAUAUCAUGACAACUGGACAUGAUUCUGCUGGGACAUUAUAACUACAAGACUGAAACAAAGAGCUGCAGUUUUGCCCAGAUCAACUUCCAGCACAUGCAAACAUGUGACAUGAAUCUGGUAAUUUCAUAGUUCCGUUUCCCCCCUCUUCUUACCUGACAUGUCUGUUUAUACUAUGUUUCUAUAUGUAUUUGCAGUGCACACAAACACUAAGCUUGCAGUCUUUCAGCACUGCGGUCUUGUAUGACAACCCUUUUUGGGGAUUGGAUGAGAAAAGUUUUUCUUUCUUUUUUUUUAAUGCACCAUUCGGAAUGGUGUUCACUCUUAUUUUUAGUAUUACAAUGAUAAUCUUAGAGCUCAUUUUGACUACCUGUCUCUAGCACCUUAAUUUUUGACAUAAGGACAUUUUAUUCCUUAAAGAAAUCCAAACAUGCAUUUUGUAAGGACGGCUUGUUAGAGAAUGUUCAUAUAAUGUGAAACAUGAUAAUCUUGUUUUCUCAUUUAUUACUGUGGUGUUUGGUUUUAACAUCUGAAACCUUUGCAGAGAUCUUACUGGCUCAUCCUCUAUUAUUUUUAGGUGUAGUAAGAAAGUCAGACUAAAGCUAACUUCCUGUAAGAGCUUAAAGAUGUAAUCUUACUUAUAUCCUAGAGUUUGCAAACAAACUUUGCAAAUACACAUCAUCACAUAAAUAAAGGAUUA